AUGACAGCCCGAAAGCCAGCAAGCCUCUCGUUCGGUCCAAGCUGCCUGUCAGGUACUUUCACCUGGAGGAGCGGCACACGAUCGGAGACAAGCGAAACAUGGUCAGCUUCCGACAUCGUCUGCAUAUGGGACGACGAUGACAUCUUCACUGUAGACAGGUUGCGGCAGCAGGUGUCGCGAAUGCUCGUGCGGAAUGCCUCUUGUUCCAGCAUACAGGUGGCUUUUGUCGCUGUGCUUCCGCAGAAGGGGCGACCAGGUGUGCUGCAAAGAUGCAAGGGUAUGCCGUUGCCGUUCGAGAACAGUUUCUGCUUUCGCAUGAGCUGGUUGGACGAGAGACCUCCGUUCACAAACUCAAGUCUCGGUGAAGGGAAUGCCCUCUUCGAAGGUCUAUCCGACUGGUAUUCCGAGGCGCAGCCGGUGCCGGGCGAGGAGCUUCCUUUUCUUUACAUACGCACUGCUGCAUCGACAGCUCCCGACGAUGCUUUGGAGCCCUACCCGGUCCGCUCCAUGCUGGUUGCGUCCAAAGAAGGCGUAGCCAGAAGACUGGACUUCGCGCUGCUAACUUUGGCGAGGGCACUGCGACGGCAGCGCUUUCCAAAGCUGGAAGAGUCCCUCCCCGGGGCGGCGGCACUGGCGCUAGUACGAGAAUCGCUGAAGGCCGCGCUGCAGAAGGACUUGGAAGACAUGUCGACUAACGUCGGAGACUCCCUGCAGCUGGCGCCCGGCUAUUGGCGAGCGCUGUGCAUUCCAUCGGUUCCUGGGCCUGCAGGGGAGGCAGCCGAGGGAUCCUGGAAUGCUUCCCUGGCUCCUCGGAGCUUCGACGAAAGCCUUCCUGCGGAUGCCACGGUGGAACCGCUACCGGAUCCGGAGAAGGCUCUCCAGCUGCUGCAUGACGUGCUCUCGAGUCUGUGA